AUGGAGGAUCUCGACGACCUAGUUGCUAUGAUCCCUCACCCUUCGUGCAAAACGACCUUGCAAGAUGGCCGUAAAGUAGAAAUUUGCACCAGAGAAGGUGCGAAGAAUGCUUUCUUGCGAGACAAGACUUCCAAAAACUGUGACUUCAUUUCUUCCACUUUGAAGAAGAUCAAGAAGAUUUGCAGCAAGAAAAGACUGAAUCCUAGUGAUAAGGGUAAGAUUCCGGAAACUGAGAUUCGAUUUUGGCUGGAAUAUGUCAUUGACGACAUCAAGGAACUAGCCACCAAGCGAACUUGGAUUCAAAGUGGAACCUUGGAUGCGGUCGAAGCGAGCUCUCUUUUAUGCUGCACAAACAUGUUUCAGAAGCAUGCCGUCCCCGUGGCUUUUGCUUUUGGUGAAGGUGGAUUCUUUUCUAUCUUGGCUGAUUUUGUCAAGGCGUGCAAGGGAAAUGGGCGUGGCUUGCCUUCAAAUUUCAUUGCCGGGUGGAUUCUUGCGAUUGUUGACGCGGCAUUUGGGAUAUCGAAAACUAGAUUUGAUAAUCAAUGGUCCGCCGAAAGGGCAUUCAAGAAGCUGGAAGCAAGUGGUAUUCUAGCGGAAUGUCUACGCUGUAUGACGGUGCCACAACAAGGAUUCAUCCCCUGGGAAAGCGAAGGGGACAGAAUUGUGAAAGCACUUGUGUCUUGUCCUUCAGUCCUCCGCAAAUAUUUUAAGAAAGGCGAUCCUUGUGGUAAUGUCGUCUUGGCGAUUCUUGAAGGCAAAGAUGGACAUGGAAAGAUACCAGUCAAAGUGACCAAGCAGCUUCAGAGUCUUGUCCUAUCCUUGCAAUCGAUUGAACCCGCUGGUUCGGAUGUAUUCGCCGAACAGUACCAAUUAAGCCGGUGUGGUCACUGUGGCAAAAUGACGGAGGUGCCGCUCAUGACUUGUGGACGGUGCAAGAGCUACUACUAUUGCACGAAGGAAUGCAGCUUUUUCUCGUUUUGUCUUUUCCCUUUUGUCACCAAUCCAUUGUUUUUCAUAGCUGAUUGGAAGAAGCACAAGAAAAGCUGUAAGCCGCUCUCAGAAAAGAAUAAGAAGAAAGAAGAAAUCGCACGAGAGAUGGUGGUUAAGUUUUUCGGCAAACACGGUGAACGCAUUCACUCGAAGAUGAUCGAAGAGUGCCAACGCAAAGGCUUGAAAACACACAACAUGGCGAUAGAGCUUGACUUCAUGCCUAACAACAAUGGGAUCAUACCAGCUCUGAGUGAUGAUUCCACUAGUAACUUCAAGAUCACGCCUAUUCGGGAGAUCACCAAUCCUCGUCGGCCAAGAACAAAGCAUCCUUGGCUAUCAUCCCUAGAUAAGGUGCCAUAUGAUGAGAUGAUCAAUCACCUGCGGGCAAACGACUCCGGAGGGCGGAAGAAUCGGAAGGGGUUCUUUUUGGUUCUUUUCUGUUAUGCUGGAGGUGUCGGUUCUAGCGAUAUUGCACUUUAUGAGUGA